GACGUGGGCGGGGCUUCAUGCGGAGAUAGGCGUGGUUUGUGUAGGAGGGGGCGGGGCCUGCUGUGCUGGAAUGUGGCGGCGCCGACGCGGGCGGCGGCGGCCCAGGUGCUGAUCCCCGGCUGCUCCCUGCUCCUGACAUCCAGCGCUGACAGCAGCGGGGCGGCUCCCGCUCCAGAGGGCUCCACAGCCAUGUCCACCUUCCGCCAGGAGAGCGUGGAGGACUUCUAUGAGAUGGGCGAGGAGCUGGGCAGCGGGCAGUUCGCCAUCGUCAGGAAGUGCCGGGAGAGGAAGACGGGGCUGGAGUACGCGGCCAAGUUCAUCAAGAAGCGGCGGCUGUCGUCCAGCCGCAGGGGCGUGAGCCGCGAGGAGAUCGAGCGCGAGGUGGACAUCCUGCGCGAGAUCCAGCACCCCAACAUCAUCACCCUGCACGACAUCUUCGAGAACAAGACCGACGUGGUGCUCAUCCUGGAGCUGGUGUCCGGCGGGGAGCUCUUCGACUUCCUGGCCGAGAAGGAAUCCCUGACGGAGGAGGAGGCCACGCAGUUCCUCAAGCAGAUCCUGGAUGGGGUGCACUACCUGCACUCCAAGCGCAUCGCCCACUUCGACCUCAAGCCAGAGAACAUCAUGCUGCUGGACAAGAACGUGCCAAGCCCUCGCAUCAAACUCAUCGACUUCGGGAUCGCCCACAAGAUCGAGGCUGGGAACGAGUUCAAGAAUAUCUUUGGGACCCCAGAGUUUGUAGCCCCAGAAAUUGUGAACUACGAGCCCCUGGGGCUGGAGGCCGACAUGUGGAGCAUCGGGGUCAUCACCUACAUCCUGCUGAGUGGAGCCUCCCCAUUCCUGGGGGAGACAAAGCAGGAGACGCUGACCAACAUCUCUGCUGUCAACUACGACUUCGACGAGGAAUAUUUCAGCAACACCAGCGAGCUGGCCAAGGACUUCAUCCGCCGCCUGCUCGUCAAGGACCCCAAGAAGCGAAUGACCAUCGCCCAGAGCCUGGAGCACCCUUGGAUUAAGGUGAUCAAGAGGAGGAACGUCCGCAACGAGGACAGCGGCAAGAAGCCCGAGCGGCGCCGGCUGAAGACCACGCGCCUGAAGGAGUACACCAUCAAAUCCCACUCCAGCAUGCCCCCCAACAACACCUACAUCAACUUCGAGCGCUUCUCCAAGGUCAUGGAGGAGGUGGCUGCGGCCGAGGAGAGCCUCCGAGAGCUGGAGAGGAACAAGAAGUCCUUCCAGGAGGACAUCGAGGCGCUGCUGUCCAUCUACGAGGAGAAGGAGUCGUGGUACAAAGAGGAGAACGAGAGCAUCAGCCAGGACCUGCGGCAGAUCCGGCAGGAGCUGCAGAAGACGGAGGCGCUGAAGAAGCAGGCGCAGGAGGAGACCAAGAGCGUGGUGCAGGCGGCCAACGGGCUCAAGCGGCGCUACCGCAAGCUGGAGAACCACUACGAGGCCCUGGCCAAGCAGGUGGCCUCGGAGAUGAAGUUUGUGCAGGAGCUGGUGUGGUCCAUCGAGAGGGAGAAGCUGCAGAGCAGCGAGGGCGACGGCAGCAUCCGCUAGCCCGGCCGGCCCCGGGGGCUCCGCUGCUCCCCUGCUCGCCCCAGGGCAGUGCCCCGGCCCUGCCGGUGUGCCUGGGGGGCUUGUGCCUCCCUGGAGCCCCCACCUCGGGGGGCUGGGGCUGUGCCACCCCGGGGCUUGGCUUCCCGCGUGCAGCUCCUGCCUGGCUCGUGUCCCUGCGCUCCCCGGGACGUUUGUCCCCCCCUGUCACCCGGGUCCCCGAGCUGCCCCAGCGCCCCGUGGGGGGGUUGGUGGGCAGAGCUCCCCUCUGCACUGCAGCAGCAGCCACGCAUGGGCUGGGACCAAGGACUGAUCCCUGCGUGGCCUCACGCUCCGCAGCCCCCCAGAAGCCCCUGCAGCCCACGUUCCCCCCAGGGGGCUGCACCCCUUGUCCCCCUGUCCCAGCCCUGGCUCCCCCUUUUCCCAGAAUAAAGGUUUCUGUCUAGUGGG